AUGACUGAGACUUAUAGGGAUUGGCAUGAAAAGCUACCGUUUGCACUCCUGGCUUAUCGAACGUCCGUUAGAACUUCUACUGGGGCAACUCCAUUCUCAUUAGUUUACGGGAUGGAAGCAAUUUUACCUAUUGAAGUGGAAAUACCUUCUCUCCGAAUUUUAACAGAGAUAAGGUUAGAUGAAGCUGAAUGGGUUCAAUCUCGAUAUGACCAGCUAAACUUGAUUCAGGAAAAGAGGCUGAAGGCUAUCCGACAUGGUCAAAUGUACCAGAAGAGUAUGAUACGAGCUUAUGAUAAAAAGGUUCGUCCAAGGGAAUUCUGUGAGGGGGACCUUGUGCUAAAGAAAAUCCUUCCCAUUCAGAAGGACUUUAGAGGAAAAUGGAUGCCAAAUUGGGAGGGGCCAUACGUCGUGAAGAAGGCUUUUUCUGGUGGUGCUUUGAUUUUGACAGAAAUGGAUGGAAAAAGCCUACCCAAUCUGGGCUUCAAUGCUUAUCAACGCCCCGAUCAUCGGUCGUCCUUUGGUCUGGCCCCAAAUUACGUCAUGAAUGUCAUGACCAUCACCAAGGCUCCAUCGGCCGUGAUCGAUUACGCAGCGUCUACACCAAAUAUGGUCACUGCCAGAUCCCUCGCUCGAUUGCCUGCAAGAAAAGGAAACAAACAGCAGAUACGCGAAAAAGCAGAGCAGAAAAUGGCAAGGAAAUCACAGCACAUCAGUCAAAGAUCCAAGAAAUCAGAGAUUUCUUUCCUUAUGUAA